UUUGGUGGCUUCCGUCAGUUCCAACUGCUCCGGGAACUUUUGCGCUUCCUAAACAAAUCAAAAGAAGAGGCGCUAGAUUUGAGUCCGUGUUGUUGCUGUCUCCGCCUUCAGAGCUCUUGAUCAAUUUUAUUUCAAUCAAGGUUGAAAAAUGCCAGCUGACCAGAUAUCCUAUUCUGAAAAGUAUUAUGAUGACAAGUAUGAGUACAGGCAUGUUAUUCUGCCACAAGAUAUUGCAAAGUUAGUGCCCAAAAAUCACUUAAUGACGGAAACAGAAUGGAGGAACCUGGGUGUGCAGCAAUCUCCUGGGUGGAUCCACUAUAUGGUGCAUGCACCAGAACCCCAUGUCCUCCUCUUCAGACGACCACUGCCAACUCCACAGGUAGCACCACAACCAGCUUCUAACCAGCAAUCCAGCAACCAGCUUUUGGCAAGCCAUGGAUAAAAGAGCCCUUUGAACUUUUCACCUAUUCCAGUUAUUAGCUAUUUAAAAAAAAAAAGGAAUUGUUGGAUUGUUGGCUUUUUGUGGCUUUUAUUUUUUUUUUUUAGGGUGAUGUUUGUGCCGCCGAACAACACUGUGGUUGUUAAAAUCUAUUCAGCCUGUCAGACCCUACCCUGUUUUAGUUGUACCUCACUGGAAAUUCAUCCAAUAUGUGGAACAGCAUUGCAGGUUUUUACCCUGCAUUUGUCAGUAUUCCCUGAUAAUGUUAUUUUUAAAACAUUAAUGAAAAGCACUAACUUAUUAUAGAUUUGUUGUUAACUGUAUUUACUCAGUUUUUGUUUUUGUUUUUUUGCUCUGCUUGCUUAAUACUGAUUACACUUUUCUUCAAAGACUUCUAAAAGACUAGCAAAAGUGGACCAGGAGUUUUGCAAAUCAAUACUUUGGUCUUGGAGUCUAAUCAUAUGAAACAUAUCAUUUUUAAUUCCUAAAAGGGGUUCAUUUAAAAGGGUUGUGGAAAUGUGUGAAAAAGAGUUCAUUAAUCUGUCAUACCAACUGUUUUGUGGAGAGUAAUUUUGUUUCUUGAAGUUUUGGUUCUGCCGGCAGCUUAAUUUGAUCUGUCUGCCUUGGAAAUUUUAGUACCCAUUUCUAUCAAUCAUCAAAAUUGCAUCCAUAAAAUGUACAGAAGAGGUAUAAUAUGUGAAUUCGAUCAAGCACAGCAUAAAUGAGUAGGACUUAAAGCAAAUUUUAGUGUAGUUAAUUCAUUAAAUUUAAUGCAGUUAAAACAAAGCCAUGCAGUGAUUUAAAGUAAUGCUAUCUCAAGACCUCAAGUGAAACCUGCUGGUUUUAUGCACAAGAUACAAAUGAAUUGUCCUUCCUCUGUUAUCUCGAGAGAGGGAUGAAUAAAAUUCUCUACUGCUAUCUUGAUUUACUGACGCAUAAUUCUAAAGUUGUUUUCUCAAAGUCAACCCUGUACAGCUUAUACUCAUUUCUUCAUUGCUCACCAGGUGACAUCCAAUUUCAUACCAGCUCUUCCUUAUCCCUCAUCAUUGAGUAAACACUUUUGCCAAGUAAUUAUUGUUACUUGUUGUGUGCUGCAACGUUUUUAAGAAUCAUUUUGGUUGUUAACUUGUUUUUCACAGCUGUUUGGUGUAUAUUUGUGUAAUAGGCAUGGCAACAUGCUACCUUCAUUAUUUGAAGAGACUUUGUGUUUGGAAAAGGAUUCCUUGCUGCUUUUCGUGUCCUUUUGCUAAGCUGUGAUGCUGAUAAAUUUUGGAAAAGUUGCAUUUAAUUGUUCAGCCAGUUCAUACAAGUUUUUAAAUGUACUCUGAGGAGUUUUGAGUUAAGUGUUGUCACUAUAUUUGUUUUUUAUGUGCUUUGAAUUUUUGAUAAUCUCUGUAGUCAAAACUUGCUGGAUAAUCUAUCGAGUUCACAGUCUGCUUUGAAUUUCUUUGCUUUCGUUGGAUGUAUGCCAUGUCAGUUAAAAUCUGAAUGCCUAGUGUUACUAGACCCAGACCUAGAAAUUAAAAAAAUGGAAAUUUUA